AAGGGAUGCGUGCCCUUAAAGUAAAAAGGAAGUGCUGAAAAUGAACGAACAGCAUCGGUUUCAUUAAUUCUCACAAAUGAUAAAGAGUCAGCGAAAUAUUCUCUAUCGGUGAAUACAUAAAAGAGUUUUUCAACAAGCAGAGUUCGCGAGAGUUUUCACGAAGAACCGCGAAUCGCUUGGCAACUUUAGAGAGCUGUGAAACUGGUUAAAAAACCGAUCAGAAAAACCCGAUUGAAUCGCAAUCUUGUGAUACCAGGGAAGGUUUCACACGACGGAAUAAUUGUUUUUUUUUUUUUGCCGAAACGGUUUCACCUCAAGCUCUUCGACCUCGUCGCGAAGAUCCUUGAAAAAGUUCGGCUGGGAAAACUUUCCGCAGAAGAGACAUCAGUAGCUCGAAGUUUCCGGCUCCUGGGCUAGAUGGCGAACGAAACUAUGGCCGGAAAUUUCGAGUUGGUCGAGCAACCAACGCAUAGGUCCCCAGUACCAUGUCCUCAAGGACAAGAUCUAGCAACGGAAUUGACACGCAUCGAAAUGGAUGGUUCGGAAUAUUGUUACUCACAGCCACGUCAGAGUCGUUCUCCGAGCUUACGACGACAGAGCAUUGCACUGAAUACGAUACUUCAUCAUCGUCGAGCUCUUAUUGGAGCUCUUUUCUCGGGUAUCGGGAGCAACAUGUCUCUACCCUCGUGUGUAAACAAUGAGCAGGAAAUCGCACCGAGUUCAACGUCGAUGUCGAAUGCUCGUGGCACACAAACGCAUUAUUUUCCUUCGAAUCGUAAUAACGAAUCGGAUAAUCAACAGAAACAUUCUCAUGUUGCCAAUCUUUUGCAAUUGACACCUGUGAACACCUCGAGCACUCCCCUGAAUGCUCUUGAAACCGUUCAAAAAGACAGAUUCGGGAACGUGAGAAUUGCCAAAAACUCGGCUUUGUACCGCGACCAAAAGUUGAAACAUCGAGCAGAGUUGAUCUCGACGAUAAGCACUCUGUACGCAAAAUUAUUGGUCGUCGUUGGGAUUGCAGUCCCGGUCACGGCGAGCGUCAGUCACAGAGUUCCAGCGGUUCUGAACCAGGGUUUUUAUCUCUAUUUGUACCUCGUCAGCGUUGCCUUCGUCGUAACGAUGUACACGACUUUGUUCCGAGACAAAGCGGUUAACGAAUUGUUGAUUCAACGAGGGAAGGAAGAAGGUGCUCAUGAAUUCGGGGAAAACGCACAGAAAUCGCGCUAUACUCAGACACGACAAUACGGAAGCUUCUGCCUACGACUCGGAGCCGUUGGCUUCGGUGCCGGUUCGUUAGUAUUUACUGGUCUGCAAAUCGGCGCGGAAAUCGCGUCCGGCGGUCCAUUCAGAGCCAUUACACCGAGUGCAAGGCUUCUACUGGUUACCGCUCAAAUGCACUUCAUAUUCCUCAACAGCAAGGAUCUCGAGCUCGCGAAGCACGGGGCCCUCGCCAAAUUGGGCCUCAUGCACAUGAUAGCCACCAACCUCUGCGAGUGGCUACAGGCUCUGGUGGAAGAGACGAGGGACGAAAUCUUGGAAUUACACGAUCACGAAGUCAGCGAGAAGGGUCUUCUAAAAACAUUGCUGCGAGACGCGAGUCCAUUUCUCUUUCCCUGUACGAUUGAGUUCAGCCUCAUUUGCGCAGUCAUACUUUUCGAGAUGUGGAAAAGGGUUGACAAAAAAGUCGUUGUUAAAGCGAACGGGGCUACGAGAUCGCUCUACCAAUUGAGUAUCGAUUGCAGCAGUGCACACAGGGGAUUAUUUGGCGGUAUUUUGGUCAUUGCCGCUACCGUAUUGAGCCUAAUUAUGUUUUUCGUUCUCAAAGAAUCGAAACCAACGAUGGCAAUAGAACAAGUAACAGCGCUGGAAACAGCGAUACUGAUAGCAGGUGCUCUGGCCGCAUUAGGUGGAAUUCUGAAGCUUCGACAUCUCGAGCUAAAGAGCACGAAGCCUCCGCCAUAUUUGGAUUCAACGCUUUUGGCUGCUGCUCAAGCAGGCGUUUACUUGCAUUGUCUAUUCGGAGCUGUUGGUGGAGUAUUGACAAUAGGACCGAACUGGGGACUUUCCCUAGGGGCAGAUUUCAUUGCACUUGUGCAAAGUACCAGUCAGACUCUUCUCGUACAGAUUGCCUGGCGGAGAAGGACGUCCUCGAGGGCUAAGCCUGGCAAGGAAUUGAUAACGUUUCUGAUCGUGGUGAACAUAGCACUGUGGACGGUGAACACACUUGAGAAAUCACGGGCUGACGUCCGACCGGAUCAUCUUCGUUUCUUCGGAGUUUGGGCAUGGACGAUAAUCACGCACGUGUCGAUGCCUCUCGUCAUAUUCUUUCGAUUUCAUUCGGCAAUUUGUCUGUUCGAAGUGUGGAAGGGUUGUUACAAGUACAGACCACCAGGGGUGGAAGUAGCGCCCUGCUGAUGGCGAUGCUGCGCGAUCACGAGGGCUCCAACUGUUACGAAUUUCAAUUCCAGAAGAGUCAUUAAAUCCAAUGAUUUCUGAGUUU